AACCGUUUGACACAACAGAAGUUAAACCAUGGAGAAAUUGUUAAUUUCUCGUGUUCGCAAACUAAACCUGCCGGCCGGGCAAGAUGUCUGGGGAUGAAGAGGGAUUUCCUGAGGCGACUUUGGUGACAGAGGCCGGACCAAACUGGCUCCGAGCAGAAAUCGAACGUCUUUCUCGGGAGCUGAGUGAGACUACCCGGGAAAAGAUUCAGGCAGCGGAGUACGGUUUAGUGGUUUUGGAAGAAAAACAGCAACUCAAACAACGCUAUGAUGAGCUGGAGAACGAGUACGAGACAGUACGUCAAGAGCUCGACCAACUCAAAGAGGCCUAUGGACAGGUUCAUUCUACCCACAGGAAGGUGGCUGCAGACGGAGAGAGUCGAGAGGAGUCUCUUAUCUUGGAGUCGGCGUCCAAGGAGGCUUUCUACGAACAGAGGCUUCAGGAGCUGCAGGCUGAUCUGAGACAGGCUAGGAACACCCUCAGCAGCACCCAGUCUGAGAACGAACGCCUGGCAACUCUUGCCCUGGAGCUCAGAGAGAACAAUGAGAUGGUUGAGCUGCAGCGUGGUCGUCUACGCGAUGACAUCAGAGAGUAUAAGAUCCGGGAAUCUCGUCUACUCCAGGAUUACAGCGAGCUGGAGGAAGAAAACAUCUCUUUGCAGAAACAAGUAUCCCUGCUCAAGCAGGGGCAGGUGGAGUUUGAAGGGUUGAAGCACGAGAUUCGUCGACUGGAGGAGGAAGUACAGUACCUCAACAGUCAGUUAGAGGAGGCUGUUCAGCUGAAAGAGAUUGCUGAGCGACAGUUGACCGAGGCGUUGGAGACAGUCAAGACUGAGCGCGAGCAGAAGGCCGCUCUCCGAAAAGAACUGACACAUCACAUGACCCUGGGUGACUCUCUUCUUGCCACCUCUCUAGAAAGCAUAAAAGUGAGCACGGAUGAGCCAAACAACGACGAAGCCAUCCGCGCCUUUGAAAAUGGUUUUGCUAAGAUUGCCGACGGUGACGAGGACAACAAAGCCUCCACGCCCAAAAAGGCUGACAGCUUCCGUCCAGCUCCCAGCUUGGUUGAUGAUUUGUUGAGUGAGCUCAAUCUCUCAGAGAUCCAGAAACUAAAGCAGCAGCUGCUACAGGUUGAGCGAGAGAAGGUUGCCCUUCUGUCCACUCUGCAGGAGUCUCAGAAGCAACUGGAGCACGCCCGGGGGGCUUUGGCCGAGCAACAGGAGGCGGUAGCCCGACUCAAUGAGGAUCUCGGAGCCAUCAGAAGACUCCAGGCUGGCAAAGAGCGCCAGUCAGCCUUGGACAGCGAGAGGGAGCGGGAUAGCCGCGAGGACACCGACGUGGACUACUACGAAUUGGACAUCAACGGACCGGAGAUCCUGCGUUGCAAAUACGAGGUCGCGGUGGCCGAGGCAGGAGAGCUGAAGGAAGAGCUGAAAGGGCUGAAGACGGAAUACGAGGAGGUGCGGACGGAGCACGAGGAGGUACGGGGCCGUCUGGAGAGUCAGGUGCGACAGCUGAGCGCGCAGCUGGCCGAGCUGGAGAGCAGCAGCCGUUCAGACCGGGAACAGCUGGUCCGGCUGGAGAAAGAACUGCGUGAGAUGAGUGUGGUGGCUGGAGAGUCACAAGGCACCUUGAGUGUGGCUCAGGAUGAGCUUGUAGCCUUCAGCGAGGAGCUAGCCAACCUCUACCACCACGUUUGUAUGUGCAACAACGAGACACCCAAUCGUGUCAUGCUCGACUUCUACAAAGAGGGGAAAAGCAGUGGCACCGAGGACAAGCAGCUUCCUAGCGGACAAGCGGCUGAAACAGGCAAGGCCGAGGCUGGAGACAGCACCACGGCUCCUGCCAGACAGGACCCUCGACCUGAGCCCAUGGAUAUUUAUAACCUCGUGGCGAUUAUCCGAGACCAGAUCAGACAUCUCCAGCAGGCGGUAGACCGUACCACAGAGCUGUCGCGGCAGAGAGUGGCUUCUCUGGAGCUGGCAGCUGUGGCAGAUAAGGACCAGGAGGCCUGCAUGGAGGAAAUCCUUAAACUCAAGUCCCUGCUGAGCACUAAGAGAGAACAGAUUGCCACUCUUAGAACUGUGCUCAAGGCCAACAAACAGACGGCCGAGGUUGCUCUGGCUAAUCUGAAGAGUAAGUAUGAGAAUGAAAAGGCCAUGGUGACAGAGACCAUGAUGAAACUGAGGAAUGAGCUGAAGGCCCUGAAAGAGGAUGCUGCCACCUUUUCUUCGCUUCGUGCCAUGUUUGCCACCAGGUGCGAUGAGUACGUGACUCAGCUUGAUGACAUGCAGAGGCAGCUGGCAGCAGCAGAAGACGAGAAGAAGACGCUGAACUCUUUGCUGCGUAUGGCCAUUCAGCAGAAGCUCGCUCUGACCCAGCGCUUGGAGGACCUCGAGUUCGACCACGAGCAGGCCCGCCGUGGCGGGGCGGCGGCAAGCAGCCGAAGCCGAGCUCUCUUCAGCAAGGGAAAGGGGCCGUCCUCUUCGUCGAGUCCACACGUAAGUCCGAGGCUACCGUGCAGGACCCGGCCUCCUCCCAGAGACAUCAUGGGAAGCCCGGUGGUCUUCUGCAGCGAGAAGUAUAAGAUCCUCUGCGACCUGUGAGCUGCAUCGCACUAACUGUCACCCAUCCGCUUUUGCCAUGCUAACUCCUGUCCUGUCUGAUAGGGUUUUAAUGGGUCCGUGUGAAGGUUUGUGCUAACCACUGUGAUGUCAUGCACACUGUGUCGCAUGCUACUGCUGGCGUUUGUGAGGACUGUCAUGCAUGAGGCGUUUUUGAAUGCAUGUGAAAGGGAGUUCUGUAAGACUGGGUCAUGCUUGAACCUUACAUUUGUUUUUGUUUUUUUACACCCCUGUCUCUACAUUUUCUUUCCUCUUGUCUGGCUGCCAGCACAGAACAGGUUGGAUGUGUUCAGUUCCAGCCGCUCUUAGGUAGACAAAAUGUGUGUCAGAGGGGAUGUAAGCCUGUGUAAUCUGCAGACAGAUGCCCUUUUCAGAACAUGCUAGGCAGCCUA